AUGCUGGGGAAGCCAAUUGCUGCUGUCUCAGUAGCAAGCCAUGCCACUAUAAGUGGAAGCCCUGGAAUCUGCAUGGAGGGAUUUGGUGAGGUAUCCACCAUGUAUGAUAGAGUGUGCCAAGAUCUAAAAGCGUUUUCGAAAAACGGAGAGAAUUUCUGCAAACAGUUCAGGUUUGUUCUCCAGCAAAGGGCUAACUUAGAAAUUAGCUAUGCCAAAGGACUGGAGAAGCUGGCUCACAAGCUUACCAAAGCUUUGGACAAGAUGAAGCUAAACUCUGCAGCCAUUCUGCUUGGAAAUGUUAGUACUGUCGGCACUCUAUACCUGACUUCUUUUUUUAAUUGGUGUAUUUGGCUGGAGGCCAAGAAGAAAUUAAUGUAGUUUACCAAGGAACAUGAAGCACUCUUCCAUUAUGUAGAAAACACCAAGCAAUUUGCUACAGGGAAGAAGAAGCAGAAGUUGCUCAGAAGGCUAGAAAAAUCAGCAACAAAAAUAACAAAGGAAUAUGAAGAUUAUUAUCAAAAAAAUAUAACUGGCUACAAAACUAGACCGAGCUGAGAGACAGCUUUAGAAAAUAGCUACCAGAGUAUUCUAGACCUGGCGAAGGAAAGAUUGCAGCUUCUGUGCAAUAUCCUAAAUACUUAUAACCAGCACCUUUCCAGUUUUGGACAAAACUUGGUCGCAAGUCACACACAGAUUCACAGUGCCAUCAGCCAGGUGGAUGCUGAAAAGGACAUUCAGACUUUACUGGAAGAAGUGUCAGUGUCCUCUCCUGAAACCUAAUCUAUGUUCUUAUUAACGGAUUAUUAUGAGGAAGAUUUUACAAAUGGAAUGGAUAAAGUAAGAUGAAAAGCUUCAAUCAAAGCAAAAGCGCUGUGACUGCAGAAGGAUCUAAACAAGGCAGCACAGGAAAAAGAAGAAACACUAUUUAUUAUUACACAAGACAUGUUUAUUUCAUCCUGCUUUACUUGUGCUGUUAUUGAUUGUAUUCCAAUGACUUUUACACAACCAGGGGACAACAAUCCUGCAAAUGGUACCUGCAAGGCUUUGUAUGACUACCAAGCUAAAAGGGAUGAUGAGCUAAGUUUGCAAAAAGGUGACUCUAUUAUCAUUCACCAGAAGGAUGAUAAUGGAUGGUGGUAUGGGACCCUAAAGGAGAGAAAAGGUCACUUUCCCACUACGUAUGUAGAAGAUAAGUUCCCUACUUCCAUAGAUGAAACAUCCUCAGAAGCAUAAGAAAAUAAUGAAGAUCACUGAGGUGCCUAAAGAUCAUAUUUCUUUAAAUUGUUCAGUUUGUUAAAUAAUCAAGGUCUUUUCCUUGCCAAAGUGAUACAGAUCAGAAGUGAAAUCUACCUAGUGUUGCUUGAGUUUGCCUUGACUCUUUUGUUGAACCAAGUGUACUGACGCCUUUCUCUCCACUGAUGUAGCACUGGAGUGUGAUGAAUGUUUCUAUUAUUGUAAAAAACAAACUAGUGACUGCUACUGUACUCUUGGGCUAAGUUUCUGAAUGAGUAGAAACACCAUCUCUUUAUUAAUGUGGUAUCUGGAUUCUUUGGGAAGCUUUUAAAUACAGGACUCAAAUCCUUUGAGGGUAAAUUUAGCAUAGCUAUUAGAUUGCUUUAGCCUUAUUUCCUUGAAGAUGUUGUGCUGGCUUUCUUCUGAGUUACAAGUGUAGUGAUUGGAUUUACAGCUAGGUCAC